CUGGGCACGGGGGGAGCGGAGCGCCGGGCACCGGGGGCUGCGGCCGGGUCCCUGGAUGCCAGGGUGCAGGAUGGGCACCAGGGCCAUGCUGCUGGCCCUGCUCCCCACGGCCGCCGCGCAGCCCACGCCGCCCCCGGGCUGCGGCCACGACCUCUCCUCCCUCUACUACAACCUCUGCGACCUCUCAGCCGGCUGGGGCAUCGGGGUGGAAGCAGUGGCCAGCCUCGGCGUGGUGACCACCUUCGUGCUCACCAUCGUCCUGGUGGCCAGCCUGCCCUUCGUGCAGGACCACCAGAAGAAGAGCCUGGUGGCCACGCAGGUCUUCUUCCUCCUGGGCACCUUCGGGCUCUUCUGCCUGACCUUCGACUUCAUCGUGGGGCCGGAUUUCUCCACCUGCACCUCCCGCCGCUUCCUCUUCGGCGUCCUCUUUGGCAUCUGCUUCUCCUGCCUGCUGGCCCACGCUGUGGCCCUCAACUUCCUGGCGCGGCGCAACCGGGCCCCGCGGGGCUGGGUGACGCUGGCGGUGGCCCUGUCCCUCGCCUCGGUGGAGGUCAUCAUCAACGCCGAGUGGCUCAUCAUCACGGUGGCCCGGCGCGAGGGCGGCCCCGCGGACCCCUGCCAGCUGGCGGACGCUGACUUCGUCAUGGCGCUCAUCUACGUCAUGGCCCUGCUGGCGGCCGCCUUGGGCGCGGCCUGCCCGACCCUCUGCGGCCGCUACGGCCGCUGGCGCAAGCACGGCGCCUUCAUCCUGGCCACCACCGGCCUCUCCGUGGCCAUCUGGCUGGCGUGGACCAUCAUGUACCUGUACGGGAACCAGCGUGCCGGCCACAAGCCCGGCUGGGAUGACCCCACGCUGGCCGUCGCGCUGGUCUGUAACGCCGCCGCCUUCCUCCUGCUCUACGCCAUCCCCGAGGUGACGCACGUGACGCGGCGCAGCCCCGAGCAGGCCUUUGAGGACGACGGCUACCCCACACGUGGGGUGGGCUACGAGACCAUCCUCAAGGAGCAGAAGUCGCAGAGCAUGUUCGUGGAGAACAAGGCCUUCUCCAUGGACGAGCCGUCCUUUGCCAAGAAGCCGGUGUCCCCAUACAGUGGCUACAACGGGCAGCUGCUGACCAGUGUCUACCAGCCCACCGAGAUGGCUCUGAUGCACAAGGGGACGAGCGAAGGUCCCUACGACGUGAUCCUGCCCCGCGCCUCCACCAGCCCCGUGCCCGGCAGCGCCAGCUCCACGCUGCGAGCCGAGGACGCCUUCGCGGCGCAGGCCCGGCACUGCAGCAUCCCGAGGGACACCCGGAGCUGCCAGGUGCAGUCCCCGUACAGCAGGAACCGGUGGUGAAGCCCCGGUGACGCAGCUCCCGCAGCGCCGGCACAGCCGCGGCCCCUCCGUCCUGUCCUGCUGCCCCAGGGCUCGCCAAGCCUCAUCCCACCCUGACUGACGUGCGAGUCCCACCCCGGCUGGCAGCCAGAGCUGCUUCCUGCCCGUGGGACGCCUGGACACGGUCCCAGAGCCAGCGCUCCCACCUGCCCGGCCCACCUGGCCAUGGAGCCCCCCAUCCCUGCCUCAAGGACUGGUUCCCGUGAGGACACCCCCGGUUGUCGCCUCACUGCCUUCGUGAUGCACAGACCCCCCGCCUUCCCCAGGCCAUGGACCCUCCAAAGCUGGGCAGCCCUGGGACCCCACCCAGGGCACCCUCAGCGCCGAGCCCCUGGCCCCACACUGACCCCC